GGGGCCAGUGUCGUUCUCGCUGCGCGUCGUACCACGUUCCAGCGACACGCUCUUUCAGGGGUCUUCCGUAACGUGUCGCGUCUUUAUACAUCCGUGAUUCGAUCGGUGUGCCCAGGAAAACGUUCCAACUUCCAGACACGCUGGCGCGUGCAUUAUAGAUAUGCAAGCCGCAAGAUUCACACAGGAAACACCUUAGCUUGACCAUAGGCUCCAGAAAGUUUCCGGUAACGUGAAUUCCGACUGGCUCUUGUAUUCGUUGCAUGUUCAUGCGGUGAUGUUUUUAAUUGUCUCAUAAAUGCGAUUAGCGGAGAAUGAAGUAAAUUGUACACGAACGUAAAUUACACGGCGAGAAUGACAAAGGUUCGUGGAGACCGACAUCAGAUUAUGGACGGCAGGGUUGAUAUCAUAUGGAACGGAGAGUUGAAGGUGAUCGCGUUUUUGUCGCACUAUAAGCGUGUCGGGGCGACCAUGUAAAUAAACCAAGACCAGGCGAAGGUGAUCAGAUCUACUUACGAACGAUACGAUUCGUGAUCGAAUCAAUGAUGUAAUACAUGCUCUUCGUGGCCGUUUCCUUGAAUCUUCGUGGAGAUGAUCUAACGAUUUCCGGCGGACAAAUCUCCAGAAUGCGAAUAAAACUUGAUCACGCGAUCGGGAAGCGACAGAGUGUCCUUUUGCUGUAGUGUAAUAUUAGAGACCGACAUGUGCUUUCGGGGCUUGGUAGUGUUUCUGGUGGUAGCAAUAAGUUCGAACAGCGUGCAGCAGCCGCUAUUCUUCAAGAACCCGUUCAAGGGGCUGAGCGGUGUCACGCCAAGGACCAGGUUGCCCGUCAUAGAUGAGAUAACAGCGGUCUACUAUCAUGAUCAAACGAUCGCAGUGGUGGAAAUCGGCGCCAACAAUGAGCUACACAAUUGCAACCUGAUUGAAGUGUACGAACAAGACGAGGCCAAUGAAGUUUUAAGAAACCUAUCGGCAACAACGAUUCCACAGCAAGUAUCCUUCUACGAAAUAACGAAGCUCAUGCAGCAGUGCGAGCUGCUAGAUAAAAUACAGCACGACGUUCUGUCUUCAACUACGACGAGUACUCUGAGCAGAGGUAGUCGGGUCGUGACCAAUUCCUUGUCUCUCCUUUCGGGCAUCCUUCCAGGAACAAAAUGGUGCGGCACAGGGGACAUUGCGGAGAGCUAUCACGAUUUAGGCCAAGAAGCGGACAUUGAUAGGUGCUGUCGUAGCCACGACCUAUGUCCUGUCAAAGUUCGUGCUCAACAAACACGAUACAAUCUCACCAACUACUCCUUGUACACUAAAUCGCACUGUGCCUGCGACGAUGCGCUAUAUCGCUGUUUAAAAGCGAGCAAACAUCCAACAGCAAACAUUAUGGGUCACAUUUAUUUCAAUCUAGUGAGAGUGCCCUGUAUAGAAGACACUACAAGGGGCGACCAUUCUUCCAUAGGUGCACGACAAUUUAUCCCUGUUAAAAUGAGUUAUUAA